ACAAAUAUUAUAUAAUUUAUAAACUAUCGCAUCUUUUAUGUACUGGUUACUGAAUUAACCAUGUUUGGAGGUUUGGGAGAUCAUGAUGCCUUUGGAGCUAACUGGAAUUUGGAUGAAAUUCAACAAUUGGACGACAUCACAGCUGGAGGAUUCCUGGAUGAUGAUGCCGAUCACCUUGCCGAUGAUUCUACAACUACUCACCAGAAGGUAGCACCUUCACGUUUAUCCCUGAUGCCUGUAAAAAUAAGCAUGAUUGUAAAUGAGUGGUACAAAGAAUCAGGUUACAUUGCAUUUUUCAAUAAGAUACCGGACAUCAUAAAGAUACUCGGGCGAGUGGAGAGAUAUAUGUGCACCGAUGAAAAUACACAAUUCGUUAUCGACGAUGGAACUGCUAGGAUAACAUGUGUUUAUGUCCACACAAACAAUCUUACACCUUUUAGGCAAAAGCAACUAGAAAGAGUGAUGCAGACAACAAAAAUGGUUGUGGUAUAUGGCAGUUAUAACCCAGUUUACAGCGUCAAGUGCCCGGUGCUUGUUAUAUAUAAAAUACGGGAAAUAUAUACAGCAAAUGAGUUCGCAUUGCAUCAUUUCGACGUGGUGAAUCUAAUCCUACGAAACGAGAGAGAAAGUUCUACAAUGCAGGUGGCUAAUCCAAUAGAUUCAAUGCCGGUAGUCAAUAUUGAUAACCAUGUGGUGGGUCAAAUGGAAAAUAUGAUCCCAUCUGGACAACCGACGAAUGUACAACACCAACCCGCACAAAUGGAUGCCGAUGGAGGUAUAACACUGAUGAGAUUCAUAGCAAGAACACUGGCCGAAGAAACACGGAAGGGCAAUCUAAACGGGAUCACAGUUACGGAAAUUACACAACGAUGUAAUAUGCAUAGAAAUUUCCAAUCGAUAACGGAACAGCAUGUUAGAAAGGUCUUGUUUGAGCUUGAAAAGGAUGCCAGCGUAUACCAGACUAUUGAUGCUAACACAUAUGCAUCAACGGAUGCAUAAACACACCGAUAUAAGGUAAUACCGACGCAGUAUUUGUCACGUCAAAAAUAUGACUCUUGUAUGCCAAAAGAGGUCGACGAUCAUUACACCCAAAAGACGUAUAAUGUUAUCAUUAUU